AUGCAUUCUGAUGAUGGUAUCCUGUGCCUUAUCUACAUGGCUCAGAUUGUUAUUGGAGUAUUUGGGAAUGGUUUGCUCUUUUACAUAUAUACUUCUAAUAUAAUCUCUCCUCAGAGGAUAAAAUCCAUUUAUGUGAUAUUCAUUAAUUUGGCCUUUUCCAAUAUUGUGAUGAUUUUCUCCAGGGGCCUUCCAUGGGCAAUCCAUUAUUGUAUUAAGAAAAUAUUUCUAAGUGACAUUGGUUGUAAAAUCAUAGUUUAUCUGCAAAGAGUGUCACGAGGUAUAUCCCUUUGUAUUACCUGCCUAAUGAGUGUCUUCCAGGCCAUCACCAUCAGUUCUGGUGGUCCCAUAUUGGCAGAGCUCAAAGUCAGAGCCCAAAAGUGCAUUGUUCCAUCCUGUGUCUUCAUAUGGGUACUCAAUCUGUUGAUAGAUGGGGUUGUGCCUCUGUUAGUGACAGGCAUAAGGAACAAUACAAAUAGUAACCUGAAUAGAAACAUAGGGCUUUGUUCUAUAGAGAAGUAUGCCAUGACUACCUUAAAACUUCUAAUUUGGAAAUCGCUUUAUGAUACAGUGUUUGUGGGAUUGAUGGCCAUUACCACUGGCUACAUGGUGCUUAUUUUGUAUAGACACCACUGUCAAGUUAAACACAUUCACAAUACCAGCCUAGCCCCCAGUUCUUCCACAGAGACCAGAGCCACCAAAGUCAUCAUUUUUCUCAUGAGCAUCUUUGUAUGUUCUUAUUCAGUUAGUUCUAUCUUUGUUAUUGUGAUGGAUAAUUCUAAAAACAUAAACCCAAGGAUGUUACAUAUUUCUGUUGUUUUUGCCUCAUUUUACCCAACUAUCAGUCCCUUUCUUUUAAUCAGUAGUUAUUCUCAGAGCCCCAAUUUUUUUAAGGCUUUCAAAAAGAUGAAAAUGUCUUAUCACCGAGGUCUUAGAACAAAAUGA